UGGGGCCGAAGUGCUGUCAUGGCGGACCCGACGGCUCCCGGCCGGCUGGAAAGAGGCACUGGAAAUCUAGGGGUACAGGAGGCGACGGGGCCUGGAGGAGCCCUGGUGGAGCUCACCCCGACCCCCGGCGGCCUGGCUCUGGUGAGCCCCUACCACACCAACCGGGUCGGGGAUCCCUUAGACCUCGUGGCGCUCGCCGAGCAGGUGCAAAAGGCUGAUGAAUUCAUCCGAGCAAAUGCUACUAACAAGCUGACAGUCAUUGCUGAGCAAAUCCAACACUUGCAAGAACAAGCUAGGAAGGUACUGGAAGAUGCUCGCAGAGAUGCUGACUUACACCACGUGGCUUGUAAUAUGGUGAAAAAACCUGGCAGCAUUUACUAUCUUUACCAGCGGGAAAGUGGCCAGCAGUACUUUUCCAUCAUUUCUCCAGAGGAAUGGGGAGCAGGCUGUCCACAUGACUUCCUUGGUGCCUACAAGCUGCAACAUGACUUGUCGUGGACUCCAUACGAAGACAUUGAGAAGCAAGAUGCUAAAAUUGGCAUGAUGGACAAGUUGCUGAACCAGCCCAUGGCCUUGCCCCCAUGCACUGAACCCACCUUCCAGGGACUAACUCACUGAGUGUGGCUCUGAGGAACAGUGCUCAUGACAAAGGCUUGACCAACACCAACCAUCUCCUUGUCCACAUUCUCUUCCUUGUGUGUGUGUGGCUCAUGGGGACUUUGGGUUUUGGGGUGAGUCAUGAACUUCUUGGAGGAAAGCCUGGUGAAUGUAGACAUUCACCAGGUAAGGAUGGUGAAUGGAAUCGCUGAACUCCUGUGGGAUCUUCCUGGGCCCACUGAUGCCCAGUCACUUGGUUUCAGAGGAUUAGCAGCUAGUGCUUUCCUUCACCUCAGCACUGGGGAAGGAAGAAUUCUCUUCCCACAACAAGCUGCUGGGUCAUUUUCCUGUCUUUUGUGUCAGGUUGGUAUUGAAGCUGUCUACGUAGGUGCUGUGCCAAUUUAAGGUUGGUUCAGGAAUUGCAGUGUUGCCUAUGGAGGAUUAAAAGAAACAGACAACUUGGCAUGGCUGGGUGAGAGUGCUGAUUCUAGAGUUUCAGUCCUCAUAGCGUCCUUCUGGUUCGCCCUCCUGCCCUUCCUGCCUCGUGAGAGUGACUGGAGACUGAGGCAGCCAUCCUAAACCUCGCAGAUGCUUAGGGCUGGAAGAGGUCGCAAAGGCUGCUACUGUCUGAACCCACUCUGAAGCCUCCUUAGGACAGCCUGAGCUCAGCACCCCGCAGGACAAGCCCAUCAAAUGGCAUUUUUAAGAUAGAGUGUGGAAGGGCUGGAGAGGGGUCAGCAGUUCAGGGUGCUUGCAGCUCUGCUAGAGGGCCCGAGCUCAGUUCCGAGCACCCAUGUUGGACAGCUCACAACUACCCUUUUUGUUUUGUUUUGUUUUGUUUUUUUAAUUUUUUAUCG